AUGGGUUCUUGUUCUUUGUUAUCUCUUACUCUUUGCUUUCUUGUUCUCUUCAAUUGUUGCUUUGCACAAAUAGAGCAAGUAUCCUCACGACAUGGCCAGCAACAGCAGGGGCGCCAACGACGCUCUCAACGUAGCGAAUGUCAAAUUGAUAGGAUCAAUGCCCUCGAGCCUGCUCGAAAGAUCAGAUCAGAGGCUGGUGUCACUGAGAUUUGGGACGAGAAUGAUGAGCAGUUUCAGUGCGCUGGAGUUGUAGUUAUCCGUCAUACCAUUAACAACCGAGGCCUCUUGUUGCCUGCAUACUCCAAUACACCUAAGCUCAUCUAUGUAGAACAAGGUAGGGGCAUUCAGGGAGCUGUAUUUCCUGGCUGUCCAGAGACGUUCCAAUCAUCAGGAAAUUCUUCUCAAGAUCGAAGAGAAAGCUCCGAAGACCAGCACCAGAAGGUUCGAAAAGUAAGAGAGGGUGAUGUAGUUGCCUUGCCUUCGGGAGUUGCUGAUUGGUUUUAUAACAAUGGUGAUUCACCUCUCGUUCUUGUUCAACUUCUCGACACAAGCAAUCCUGCCAACCAGCUUGAUCAGGAUUUCAGGGAAUUUUUCCUGGCUGGAAACCCACGACAAGAAUCACAAAACGAAGGUGAAAGUUGGAGAGAACAGCAUGAAAGAUCUCGCAAUGUCUUCAGCGGUUUCAACGAGCAAAUCCUUGCAGAAGCUUUCAACAUUGACACCAAACUAGCAAGAAGGAUGCAGAACGAAAAUGAUAACAGAGGAAUCAUUGUCCGAGCUCAGCAUGAACUUCAGGUGAUCAGUCCACGACAGAGUCAAGAGGAGGAAGAAAGACAACAAGAAUCCCGAAGGAGCACACGUCGUCGUCAUGAGGACAACGGUGUGGAGGAAACUUUCUGCACCGCUAGGUUGAAGCUCAACAUCAAUGAUCCAGAAGAUGCUGAUGUGUUUAAUCCACGUGCCGGACGCCUCACUACUGUCAACAGCCUCAAUCUCCCCAUCCUUCGACAUGUCCAGCUUAGCGCUGAGAGAGGUGUCCUUUACGCAAAUGCUUUGAUGUCACCACAUUGGAACAUCAAUGCCCACAGCAUAAUGUACAUCACAGGAGGAAAUGGAAGGAUUCAGAUUGUUGGAGACAAUGGACAGGCAGUAUUUGAUGGACAAGUUCGUAAGGGUCAAGUAGUAACAGCACCACAAAACUUUGCAGUGGUGAUGAAGGCUGGAAGCCAAGGGCUCGAGUGGGUAUCAUUCAAGACUAAUGACAACGCACAAAUCAGUCAAUUGGCAGGACGAGUCUCUACCAUCCGGGCCUUGCCUGACGAAGUGGUAGCAAACUCAUUCCAGAUCUCAAGGGAAGAUGCCAGGAGGCUUAAGAACAACAGGGAUGAAGUUAGUGUUCUUACUGCGUCCCGUCAAUCACAAUAUGAAAGGGAUUAA